AUGCAGACAGCUGCUAGCUGUACUCUGAGCCAUUCGAGGUUAGGUCCCAAGACCAAUGUGCUCGAGAGGCUAGGCCCACAAUCCAAUGUUCGUGCUCGCUUAGGUCCACAAGGAGCUCGAGUUCGGGAUCGACCCUUGGGAGCUGGAGAAGAAGUUAACCAAUCACGCUCGAGGCACCGAAGACGUCAACUUGAACGACCUUCCUUGCGAGCAGACGAUGACGAUCAACGCUCACCAGCCCGCUUGAGGUCCAACACGCAGCGACAAGCUGUGGAGGGAUCCUCCCAAACUCAACCUUCUCUCCUGCCCCACGGGCAGGGCAACCAAGGGGAUCGACCCUUGGGAGCUAGAGAAGAAGUUAGCCAAUCAUGCUCGAGGCACCGAAGACGUCGACCAGAACGAUAUUCCCUGCGAGCAGAGGAUGACGAUCGAUGCCCACCAGCCCGCUUGAGGACCAACACGCGGCGACAAGCUGCAGAGGAAUCCUCACAAGCUCAAUCUCCUAAUCUGCCUCACGGGCAGGGCACCCAAGGGGAUCGACCCUUGGGAACCGAGGAAGAAUUUAGCCAGUCGCACUCGAGGCACCGAAGACAUCGGCCCGAGACUCCAACCCUGCGAGCAGAGGAUGUCGAGAAGCUAGUAAAGGACCAACUUCGAGGUCUCCGACUUAAAGGAAGCACAGAGGAGGCCCUGUGCAAGGAAAUUGAUCGAGUUGAAUGCUCGCCAUUUACUAACAAGGUGGAACAAGCUCCGCCGCCGAAGCGAUUUACAACGCCAUCCAUCACUCCAUUCAAGGGGGACUCUGACCAUGAGAGCCAUUUGAGGCACUUCAAGAGCGCUAUGAUUCUGUACAAGGCAGAUGACGCCUUGAUGACUUUGCGAGGAGCAGCUCAGGAUUGGUUCCACACUCUACCGUCCGCGUUGAUAAGCAACUUCAAGGAGUUCGCCAUCAUUUUCACAAAGGAGUACAUCUCUUACAAGACGGUCAGAAAGCAUGCGGACCACCUGUUCAACCUGCGCAAGAAGCCAGACGAGUCUCCACGAGACUACCUGAAACGGUUUAAGGCUGAGAAGGCUAACAUCAUAGGAUGCAACGACCAAGUUGCAUCCUCAGCUUUCAAGAAGGGCUUGCCAACCGAGCACGAGCUAUAUCGGGAGCUGGCCAUAACUCCAAGUCAAACCUUGGCAGAAGUGUUCGCGACGGCAGAGCGCUACGCAGUUUAG